AUGUCCCAGGACGAGCCAUUCCCUUGGGACAUUGGCGUCUACGAUGCCCACUGCCAUCCCACUGAUACCAUGGCCUCGGUGGCCGACAUCCCGCAGAUGAAAGCGACAACACUGACAAUCAUGGCCACGCGUGGGGAAGACCAAGACCUCGUCCUCCAAACCGCCGUGUCCCUAUCAGCCAAGACAACCCACUCAGCAACAGACCGCAUAGUUCCCUGCUUCGGCUGGCACCCAUGGUUCUCGCACCAGAUCCUAGAUGACACCGCGAAACCCACAGCAGCACAAGACGCCGCAGAGAAAUCCGCCCACUAUGCUGCUGUCCUGACAGGAGUUGCAGAAAACGAAGACCAAUCCUUCAUUGAUCUCCUUCCUUUCCCCAAACCUCUCUCAGAACUCAUCUCUGAAACCCGGGCCCGGCUCCAACAAUUCCCGAACGCGUUGGUCGGCGAGGUCGGCUUGGACAGGUCAUUCCGACUGCCUAGCCCGUGGACUACAUCCGAGAUAGAUAAUCGAGAUGACCAGAUUACCCCGGGCUCGCGCGAGGGCCGUCGUCUAACGCACUACCGCGUCAAGCCCGAACACCAGCGCGUCGUACUCAAAGCACAAUUACAGCUAGCAGGAGAAAUGAAUCGACCCGUCUCGAUACACAGUGUACAAGCUCAUGGAGGGGUCUUCGAUCUACUGAAAGAAUUAUGGGCAGGACAUGAACGGGUUCUGCUAUCGCGGCGGAGACGGGAAAAAGAACAGGAUGCAGAAGGUGCUGUGUCUGAAGAUGAAGAAGAUGAUGAUGCUAAGACUCUGGACGCAUCGACACAAGCAUCAGUGCUGGGUGGGAAAUCGUAUCUGCCGUUUCCACCUCGCAUCUGUAUGCACUCGUACACCGGUUCUGUCGAGCCUAUUCGCCAGUUCUUGCACCGGUCGAACCCGUCGGAUGUUUAUUUCUCUUUCUCGAAGUUAAUUAAUUUCUCUGGCGCUGCGGCUAAGAAGGUUAGUGAUGUUAUCAAAUUUCUGCCUGAGGACCGUAUUCUGGUUGAGAGUGAUCUCCAUGUUGCAGGCGCGCAGAUGGAUGAUUUGCUGGAAGAUGUGACGCGGGAGAUCUGCAAGCUACGUGGAUGGGAGCUGCGACAGGGUGUCCAGGUGCUUGCAGAUAAUUGGCGCCGGUUUGUAUUUGGUUAG